UGAGUCAUCAUCGUUGAAGUUCCCUGAUGAUAAAGAUGGUGAGUCUGUCUGGGAUUUGUAAACAGUUUAGACCAACGUACGACGUGAACCUUGGUUUCCUUGAUCGUAAGACAUUGAUUGUGUGUUAUGGUUAAGAAGAUAAGAGAAAGUACGUCGAUAGGGCUUUAUAUACGAUAAAUCGAUGAUGUAGCGAUGACGAAGGGGGUUGGCGCUGUUGACGUAUAGUUGGCUAAUUGAGGAGCGAGCGUGGAAUCUUGUCAAUGUGGACCGCUCCAGCUGAGACCGAAUGGAGCCUCUCGCAGCAGUACCCGCAAGGCUCGGCAUUGCAUGACGACAAGGACGAACCGUUUCGUGAAACCCCUAAUUAGCGUCAUCUUCGGUCACGGGUGUACAGAAAUAAAUGACAUCAUCAUACCGCUACAGGCUCCGCUUUGUUCUAUGUGCGCUUACUGCUUCUGGAGUUGUUCGCAUUACAACAGACCGUGAUUCUGAUGCCAAAUAGAUGCAUAACACGAGCCCAGAGUGAAGAACAUAAAAACGCGAGGAAUGCAGUAUGAGUACCAGACAAUGAAGCAAGGAUAUAGAGUAAGCACAC